GCCUGGUUGUUUUUAUCCUCAAUGUGCCAUGCUGCCUCAGUCUGUUGUGACCGGUCACUCCGAUGCCCUCCUGUUCUGCAUUGCUCUAAAACCAGUUUAGACAGACAAGACACACUUAAAAAAGCUGACUUCCAGAAGGCCUUUGGAGGCUCCUGCUACGAGUUUGUGGAUCUCCAGCAUACUUUUUACAGUGCGCAGGCUUGGUGUGAGCAGCGUGGUGGACACCUUGCAUUUAUCCCAGAUGAAGAAACUCAAUAUUUCCUUAAAAGAUUCUUGGAUCCCAAGAAUGAUGUGUGGCUUGGAGUUGCACCCUCUGCCUCUCCAAACCUGCAAUAUUCUCCAAUUGUUGAAGGUGCUCUCUUUUGGCUGGAUGGUUCACAUAUCACCUAUUCAAACUGGGUAAGCAGCCCGCAGCUAGGAGCAGCCUGUGGACACAUACUGAGAGACUCUGGCUUCCAAUGGGAAGCCACAAGAGACUGCAACCAAAAACGGCAAUUUAUCUGCCAGUUUGACUCUGGGAGAUCCAUUGUGUGUGCAGGCCGUAACGCCACUCUGCAGUGUGGUUCUCAUCAAGUCCUAAUGAUAGAUGUCGGCUUCUACGGUCGUGAGAACAUCCAUUACUGUCGAUCCACGCCCUCCCCCCCAUCAACAUCCACAGAACAACAGUGUGGCUGGGUGGAUGUUGUUGCAUCAUUAACAGCUCACUGCCACGGCCGUCAGGUCUGCCAGAUUUCUGAAGUUGUGGACUCCCUUGGUGACCCCUGUCCUCAGCUGGGGAGCUACCUGUCUGUGGACUACCACUGCAAAGAUGGGCUCACACUGUCAGUGAGCACAGUGGCUGCUGUUUUUGAAAUCAUCCCCAUUAGCGUGAAGUGGCUCUUCCAUUUGCCACAGGGAAACCUUAGCUGCAUGCUGAGUACCGGAGAUGGCCAUGUUAUUUAUCUGCAUAGUCCAGAGGGGCUGGAGAGAAGCGAGGUACACAGCUAUACUUAUCCAAGCACAUUUGUUGUGGCAGUUGAAUGCACCAGCAGGGACAUAUACAUUAGAGCUCAAAACAUAAUAACCAUUGAAGAGCCCAUAACAGUGUUUGGUGCCAUCAGGUGCUAUGCUAGGAAACGGUCUUUUCAUGCAACCAACUGCAAAGUCCUUUACAGGGAGCCAUUUCAAAUUCAAAUGGAGGUAAAAGCAGGUACAAAUGUUACCUACCGAAUCCAGAGUGAUGAAACGUUGUUGUCAAACGUAUCUGUGUUCAGAGGAAAUGUUCCCCAGAACGUCACAGUGACUCCAGAAAUGAUGAAGCAGCUAGGGCCUGGCUGCCACCAGCUGACCCUUUAUGCAUCUAACACGGUCACGAUCCCUGAAAUGUCCGCAGGCCUGCAGCUUCGUGAGAAGAUGCUGAACGUAAUGAUUGACGCAGUAAGUGAAACUCCCAUCAACACUCCAGGAGAAGUUCAGGUGAUAGCCACAGGACUUGCUGCUAUCGUCCUGAAAGGCACUGAGCUCAGCUCCUCUGCUCAGAAAAAUAUCUCUGAUGCCCUUCUUCUUGCUAUGAGCAAUACGCAGAGUGCACUGUUAGCAUUUAAAGAGGUUAAUGGGGGGCCAACUAUCAUCCAAGAGGCUCAUAUUGCUGUGUUUGUUAAUAGAGUGACACCGGGAAGUUUGCACACAGAGUCUAUAUAUAUUCCCAACAGUUCCAGCCCCACAUUUUCUCUCCCAAUACUACUCUCUACAAUCUUACCUUCAGAUGAACCAGUGGAUGUACGAAUGCUGAGUUUCAACAAAAAUCCAUUCUCCUGGAAUGAGAGCGGGAACAUCAGUGGUCAAAUAGGUGCUCUAUCCCUUACAACAAAAGAUGGCUCCAGUAUCCCUGUGGAGAACUUGAGUGAGGAUAUUAAGAUUCUGUUGCUGAGCCCUGUUGGAGAGCAGGUAAACACCUCUAUGUUGGACCUGGGGAACUCCAGCACAACGUCCAUACACAUUCCUGCUGACACUACGCUGGUGUUAAAGAUGGUGCCUUCAAAUGAUCCUCUACCCUUCAAACUGCUCCUUGGUUAUAUGGACUACCCCACUGUAACAAAUAAUGUAGCUAUGACAGAAAUGCCUCACCAGGGAACAACACAAGAGGAGAGAUACACCUGGCUACUAGACCCUAAAGAUUUAAAGGGAAAGACUGGAAUGCACUAUCUUGUAGUGAGGCCCAUUGUAGGUCCGGGUAUAAAAUCCAUCAAUGCCACUUUAUCAAUUACCUCCAUCACUACCGCAUGCAAAUUUUGGGAUGAAUCAAAAUUGGAGUGGAGCACUUAUGGAUGCAGGGUUGGUGUUCAGACCACACCUUUAGUCACCCAAUGCCUCUGCAACCACCUCACCUCCUUUGGAAGCUCUUUCUUCGUCACUCCCAACCUGGUCGACCCAUCACGCACCGCCGAGCUUUUUGGGACUUUUGCUGAGAAUCCUGUUGUUGUCUGCUUUGUGGGGUCACUCUUUCUGGCCUAUCUCUUGGUGCUUGUGUGGGCACGACGGAAAGACAUCCAAGACACAGCCAAGGUGAAGGUGACUGUGUUGGAGGAUAACGACCCCAUGGACGAGUACCGCUACCUGUUGAGUGUCAACACUGGGCAUCGGAGAGGAGCCUCCACUUCCUCUCAGGUGACAAUCACUCUGCUGGGUGCAGAGGGAAACAGUGAACCACAUCACCUGACGGAUCCAAAGAAAUGUGUGUUUGAGAGAGGUGCGGUGGAUCUGUUCCUGCUAACUACACCCUUCUCCCUGGGAGAGCUGCAGGGCAUCAGACUGUGGCACAACAACUCAGGGAGCCAUCCUGCCUGGUAUGUAGGCAAUGUCAUGGUGCAGGAUUUACAGACGGAGCAGAAAUGGCAUUUUCUAUGCAACUCCUGGCUGGCCAUAGACAUGGGUGAUUGUUCCCUCGAUAAAAUUCUUCCUGUUUCGACAGAGAUGGAUUUGAAGAGGUUCAGCAACUUGUUCUUUAUGAAGACUACAAAGGAUUUCGGUGACAGACACCUCUGGUACUCUGUGAUCAGCCGCCCACCGAGCAGCACCUUCACUUGUGUUCAGAGAGUUUCCUGCUGUUUCACCCUGCUGCUCUGUACCAUGCUGACCAGCAUCAUGUUUUAUGGCAUCCCAAAAGAUCCCUCUGAGCAGACCAUGGACCUGGGUCACUUUGAGUUUACCUGGCAACAAUUCAAGAUUGGAGUUCAGAGUUCCCUCAUUAUGUUUCCCAUCAAUAUCCUUAUUGUUACCAUCUUCAGAAACACACGUCCUCGGGAGACAUCUUGCUGCAAGCGCAAAACCGAAAAACCAGAGGCGCUUGAACAGACCUUUUUCUCACAGACAGCUUCCACCGACAUGAAUGUCAAUGUCACUUUAGACACUGUCAUCAAGGAUAUCACAAGAAUUGCCCAUUCACUGUCUAAGACCGUGAAAAGCAACAUACCAUGCACAGAGUCCAAGUUUGGGCCUGGACAACCAGUUGAUAUCAACGCUGUCCUUUCUGUGGUGGAGGACUUCAUCAAACAGAAUCACAAAGCCAGUGACACCGCCCAGCCCAAAACUCUGAGCUCUGGCAACCUCGUUCAGCCUCAGCUACCAGCAGAGGAGAUUCAAAAGCAAAGCAACAAAGCCAAGUAUCUCUACCGGCAGCUGUGCCACAUUGACAAAGAGCUGAUCCUGCUGGGACCCUCCGGUUUCCCCGCUCCACACAGCUACAGCCAGGCCAUGCAGCAGGUCCAGGACAUGAAGGGACAUCUCCAAGAUCAGCUCUUCACAUUCAGCUGUGUUAACCCAGAUGAACUCCCCCAGAAGAAGUUGAGCCCUGCAGACAGCACUGAGGGUGGUGGUAGUCUGAAGAAAAGGGGGUGCUGUCAUGGAGGGCUACCCUGGUGGUUUGUUUUUGUCGGCUGGCUGCUCGUGAUCUCGAGCAGUUUUGUAGCGGGAUUUUUCACGAUGCUUUAUGGGUUGAAAUUUGGGAAGGAACGCUCUGUGAGCUGGUUGGUGUCCAUGAUUAUCUCCUUUUUUCAGAGUAUCUUCGUCAUUCAGCCAUUGAAGGUGUUAUGUCUUGCAGUCUUCUUUGCACUUGUAACAAAGAAAAUUGAUGAGGAAGAUUUUCAAAAUGUGGCAUUUGAAGGAAAUGACAGAAAUCUAGGUUGUAAGGACCAAAAACUAGUCAGACGGGAGAGAAGUCUCUAUGAGCCGCCUCCUCCUGCAGACGUUGAGAAGAUGAGAAGGAACAUGAUUAUGGAACAGAAAGCCUUUGCCCUCCUCAAGGAGAUUUUGACCUACAUGGGGUUUAUGUGGAUGUUGCUGCUGGUGGCGUACGGCCAAAGAGAUCCCAAUGCCUUUUUCCUGAAGCAGCACAUCCGGGAUAGCUUCAGUGGAGGCAUCUCAGACAACAUGAGUCUUGGGGAUGUGUUUACUUGGGCCAACACAUCGCUACUAAGUAACCUUUUUGGAGUGUAUCCAGGAUUUAUCACAGAUGGAAACUCCAAGCUAGUGGGUAAUGCCCGUCUUCGUCAAUUGAGAGUACAGAAGAACUCCUGUCAGACUGCAGGCCCCAUGCUCCAGUUUGUACCAGACUGUCAGGCUGCAUACUCGUGGGAGGUGGAGGACAUGGGCUCCUAUGGCCCUGGCUGGAGCCAAUCUGCCAAGGAUAAUAUCUCUAUGAGCACCAACAGCCCAUGGACAUACCAGACACAGGCUCAGCUCAGAGCUCAUGCUGUCUGGGGCACACUGGCGCUCUACAGGGGCGGUGGCUUUGUAACGGAGCUCGGCCCAGAUUCACAAAAUGCCAGCAGCACUCUUGAGUAUCUGUUCAGGAACACAUGGCUGGAUAUUUACACAAGGGCAAUCUUUGUCGAGUUCACCGUUUAUAAUGCUAAUGUGAACCUCUUCUGCAUCGUCACACUCUUCCUGGAGACCACAGCUGUAGGAGCGUUUCAGUUCACCACUGAGCUGCAUAGUGUUCGUCUUUACCAAUCGCCGGAUGGUCUUUACAUCCUUGUUAUGGCGGCUGAGAUCGUGUAUCUGCUUUUCAUCGUCUACUACAUGUUCCUGCAGGGCCAAUUAAUGAAGCAGCAGCGGUGGGCUUACUUCAGGAGCAGAUGGAACCUUCUUGAGCUGACCAUUAUCUUACUGAGCUGGAGCGCCGUGGCUGUCUUCAUCAAGAGAACCCUGCUUGGGAACCGUGAUAUGACCUACUACCAAAACCACAAAGAGAAAUUUGCCAGUUUUUACGACACAGGCAAAGCAGACUCAACGCUCCAGUAUCUGAUCGCCUUCCUGGUCCUGCCCGCCACCUUCAAACUUUGGCACCUGCUCCGACUGAACCCCAAGAUGAACUUGAUGACGGCUGCUCUGCAGCGGGCCUGGAGCGACAUAACCAAUUACCUUGUGAUCAUUGUGAUCAUGCUCCUGGCAUAUUCCAUUACGUGCAACGUGUUGUAUGGUUGGCAGCUGUCCUCAUACAGAACUUGGUUGGACGCUCUCAUUACCAUCAUCAGUUUGCAGAUAGGCAUCUUUAACUAUGACGAGGUCAUUGACUGCAACCCCGUGCUCAGUGGACUAAUCAUUGGUUCCUGUAUUGUGUUCAUGACGUUCGUGGUGCUCAAUCUCUUCGUCUCAGUGAUCAUCAUAGCAUUCAAGCAGGAGCGAAUAUAUCACAAGCCCUCUGACGAGGAGGAGAUUGUCGACCUGAUGCUGGAGAAAAUCUGCGGUCUUUUUGGGAUCAGAUAUAACGAUCCAAAAGACACCCUGGGGCCUGAUGUGAAAAGGGGCAGAGAAGUGGGCCUUAAUAACAGCAGAAAUAUCCACAAUUGAUGCAAACAUGUUUCAGAAAUCUGGAAACCUAGUAAACAUCUAGCAACAUUUUGUUGUAUUUCAU